GCUAAAAAGGAAAGUUUCAAGUCCUUUUUCAAAACAUUAAACAUAAAAGUAGUGUUUAAAUGUAUUAAACCGUGUAGAAGAUAAAGCUUCUGUAGUGUGUGCAGUCAUUAGUUCAGCUGGCCAUGUCUCCGUCUCAGACCUCAGGGAUUCAAAUAUUAACCUCCAACUUUUACAACAGCUGCCACAGUGGCGCGGGAUCAUUUCCAACCCGUAUGUCAAUACAGUAAAAACAGAUCCGUGAAGAUGACGGUCAUUUACUUUCCGGGUGUGUCCGGGUGUAAAGUAACGCUGCUGCUGCUGCUGCUGCUGCUGCUGCUGCUGCUGCCGACAGGAGCUGGACGAGGAGUUGGUUUCACUUCAUGAAGACAUCUCAGAGGACAGAGGAGGGAGAGAGGAGAGACAGCCGGGGUGUCUGGUAAGUGCUGCUGGGGUUAUAGCGAGAGGUUAACCUGAGGUCAAACACACAGAUAUUAUCUUAUGGCAUAUGAGACGCACAGCACGCUCAUCUGGCUGAGUGAGGUCAAAGAACACAGUGUGUACGAAUGAUCAUGUGGGCUGCACCAGUUUUGCGCCUUGCUCAGGUAAUCAGUCACCUGCUGGAGAAAACGGGACGAGGUGAUGUUUCGUUCUUCCGUUUCUUUAGGUGACUGCUGAAAGAUGGGACAGACACAGAGCACCCUCAUGAAGAGUGGCUAUAAAAUUGAAAAGGAAAGUGAAAGUCACGCUGUGGUCACGAAGGACGGUGAGAAGUUCUGCAUAAGAAAGCUCCAGAUUUCCACAAAUGCAGAAUUAAUCUCACAGUUAGAAACGCUCAAGACCACGAGUCAUCCCCAUGUGAUGAGCAUCGCGAAUUCCUUUCAGGAUGAAGAUCAACACAUCUAUUAUGUGGUGACGGAGUACUGUCAGGGAGGGAGCCUUGCAGAAAAGAUCAAACUGAAGAGGGGCCCUGAACAAGAGUUUGAGGUACUGAGCUGGAUUGCUGAAAUCUGUAUGGCUCUGAGAUUCCUACAUGAAAAAGAGUUGCUUCACAAAAAUCUGACGCCGCAGAACAUAUUCUUCACAGAAUUUGAAACUCUGUGCUUGAGUGGAUUUGGGGAAACCCAAGCAAAUGACACUAAUGUGAGCACUGCGGGAGAUGAAGCAAUCAACUAUCUGGCACCAGAGGUCUUCACACAGGCAACGUAUGAAACCAAGAGUGACAUCUGGUCAGUGGGAUGCAUACUCUAUGAACUCUGUACUCAACAAUUAGCGUUCUCUUCAGACACCACAGUCAGUCUCAUCCCCAAGAUUAUUUGUGGUCCUUACCCAAGUCUGGAAGGCCAGUGGUCACCAGAGUUCUGCGAACUCUUGAGUGAUAUAUGGACGAGCGACCCUGACUCAAGACCUACAGCCUCUGAGAUCUUGAGGCAUCCCAUCAUUUUAAGAUGUCUCUAUAAAAAGAGCAAAACAACUGUGGAGCACCUUCAGACUCAGUUGGGCAAACUGACAUCUGUGGCUGACAGUUUGGAACGUGUGCACCAGGGCGCCACCAUCGGCAGCCUGACAGGGGGAGUGAUUGGAGCCAUGGGAGGGAUUACAUCCAUAGUGGGACUUGUUCUUGCCCCCUUCACUCUGGGAGCCUCACUUGUUGUCACUGGGGUGGGAGUCGGGGUGGGUGUGGCUGGUGGGCUCACAGCAGGUGCCUCAAAUAUCACAAACAUGGUCAACCAGUCCUCCGAUCGCAAAACAGUUGGAAGCAUCAUUAAAGAGUUUGAUGCGAAAAUUAGUGCUGUAGCCCUCUGGCUUCAGGAGAUUAGCAUCAGUUUACAGACAAUCGGAACAUGCUAUGAAGGUGAUACACCUGAUGAUGAAGAAAGCCCUCGCAAUCAAGCAACUGGAACUGGGAACUGGGUGAGAUUUGGCACAAGGGUAGGCAGGGGCUUAGGCGCUAUCACUGAAUUGUUUCGACUCGUUCGAGUGGCAAAUAUUGGCAAAAUCGCAGCACAAGCAUCCAGGGCAGUACGUGUGGCGGAGGUAGCAACUGGUGUACUCUCUGGUCUUUUUGUGGCAGCAGAUAUUUUCUUUAUUGCCAUGGAUGCUAAAGAGAUACACAACAUUAGACAAACACAGGAAGAUGGUACGACAAACUCUGAGAUCAUGAAAUUUGUCCAGUCCAUCCGGCAUGCGGCAACAGAGUUGCAGGAAGUUUUGGAUGAGUUCAAAGCCGUAAUCUCAGACGUCCCUUUCCUUGAGAAUGAGAGAGAGUUAGAAUGGGACCAUAUGGAAGGAAUGUAAACCCGAAGUUACACUGAGCUACUCCUGGGGGCGUGGCUUCUGAAUCGCUUAGGUGACAUGAUGUAGAGGGGGAUAUGUUAAGAAAAAUACAGUUAGUCUUAAGGUGUGAUUGCCUCAUGUAACUCCCCAAAGUAGAAUUUUAUCAUAGUCAUCAUUGAACCCCAUCAAUCCCAGGCUUAGAUUUACAUCUCUGUAGUGGUUCCAUUUAAUGUCUGCUUCCAAAAUCCUUUCAUUAGCUUCAAUGUGGAUAUAUUGCACAUCUUCUAUUCCAUGAUUAUUAGGCUAUUUUAAAAUGAAGAAACAUUUUAUGUAAAUAGUUAUAUUAAAGAUUUAUGAUGAAUGAUUGAUAUGAUAAUAUACAUUUACAUUUCAGAUUCAAAAAUCCAGGCAGAAAACAAUCUUUUCAGAAUCUACUGAAUAACCAGAGUGCCACAGGCCACCCUUGAUACCUGACUCUCCACAGGUACCACCUCAUUUUCCUAGACUAUGAUUUUCUAUCUGUCUGGCCAGCUGUGGGACUUUGGUUCAAGCCAACCAUUUGUUGGUGGCCAUGUAUUGUGAUUGGUCGUUCUGUUUAUCUUUUUAGUUACACAUUUUUAGGAACGUAAGAAACUGUAAGAUACUGUUAUCUAUGUACAGUAGAAAUGGAUAUAAUAAUGGUAAAUUAAUUAUAUUCCGAAGUGUGGCACUUGCAGACAGACUUAAUGGCACCCUAGUGAAGUUACUCUUUAAUAAGUGAGCACAGGAAGGCAACAAUUCUACUAAUGCUGCCACCAUACAGUUUCAGAGUUAAUUUACUUUUAUUGUAUCAUCAGAUUAGGUCACCUCUGAAGUGACUAUGAUGAUUAUCUCGACAUUAAAAAAUAAUAAUUAAACAAACAAAUGAUUUAAUUUAGUUAUAUGCUGCGUAAUGAUUAACUACUUUGUCUUGCUUUUUGAUAUCACUGAUUGUCAAGAGUAAUUGUAUUCAUGACAGUUGUCCUUGGAGACAUUAAGAGUGAAAACUGCUGUUGUAUCAUGAUGUUUCAUGUGCAGUAUAUUGAGCACUGUUAGCAAACCCAGCCACACUCCUUCGCCACUGCAUACUGUGUUGUAAAAUCAGCUGCCAGCGGGUCACAUUGCACUGUACAACCUAACAUAUUACAAAUUCCUUGAUUACAAAUUAAUCUUGAUUUUCACAAAUAAUCACCUUGUUAUAACCUGGUAGUAGCUCCAUGGUCACCAGCAAUCCCACCAUAGAGUUUAGUGUAUUGUGUUUGCUUUUCAUUAUUUUGUACAUUAAAGUAAUGCACAGUGAAAGCCCCUUUGGGUCACAUUUGACAAAACCUUACGUUGAUGACUUGUAGUCGGUAUGAAACAGUAAAAGACACUGUGACAGACUAUAAUGCACAUAGCCUUACCCUCAGAUCUCAGCUGGGGACCAUCAAAAGCACAAAUGAUCUCAUCGUUCCACAAACAAUAACCAGAAGGUGAUUUUAUCCGAGAUACACUCUGCACAUAAGAGACUUAACUGCAUUCAAACACACGUGCCUCUGAGUUUUUCUUUGCUAAGAUUAAUUGCAUCAUGGUGCUUUAAUCCCAGGAUGAACCAAAAUGUGUCCUCAAUUCAGCUGUAAACAUUCAAUUACGAAUGCAUUGAUAUAAAAUGUGAACAUUGUAAACAUCUAUGUCACUGAAAAAUAAAUAAAGGUUGUAACAAGGA